AUGGCUGUGUUGAAGAUGUGGACUGUGAUGGAGUGGGAGAGAGUGAUUAAGAAAGACAGGAAAGAAAGAGAGGAGCUGGAGAUGCUUAGAGAGCUGGACAAACAACUGCAGCUGAAAGAGAGAAAGAGAAAGAAAGGGAGAGAGGAGAGAAAGAAGAAUCUGCUGGGACAGGAUCUUAUUAGCAAAAGUGAGGACGCUCUGCAGCAUCCAAUAAAGCCUGAGGUAGGUGCGUUUGGUCUGGAAGACAGGGCGAGAUGGCAUCAGAUGGAGCUGCUGAGAUGCAGACAGAGACAUGAAGAGAUAAGAACAGAUCUGGAGAAGGUGAAGGAGAAGAUGGCAGGGAAAGAAAGUCAUAUAGAGGAGAAGGUCCUCGAUGCUGAGAGAGAAAGUUUGAUCCUGUUUCAGCAAAAUACAGAACAUCUGAACUGGAAGGAGAGAGAGCAUGCUCCGAAAUCAAAGAACAGCAGUAAGUGGGAAAGAAAAGAGAGAAAGGCAAGAGAAAGACAAACCAAGAGAGAAGAAGUAAUGAAAAGAGAGCAAGAAAAACUAGAAGAACUGGAAGAUAUAUGCAAAAGGAUGGAAAGACAGGUGGAGGAGGAGAGGAGGGCAGUGAAAGAGAGAGAAAAAGUCAUGCUGGAAGAAAUGGAGAGAAAGAAAGAGAGUGAGAGACAAAAGAUGGAGAGAGAGCUGAAGAAGAGACAGAGACGGAUGGAAAAGGAACUACGGGAGCAGCUGAAAGAGAGCGAGAUGGAGAGAGAGAAAGAGAAUGAGCUAGAGAGAGAGCAGAAGGAACGACACAGGCAGGCAGAAGAGCGACUGAGAGAGAUGGAGAGAAAGAUCAUGGAGGAAGAAGAAAAAGCCCUAAGAGAGGAAGAGAAAUGGAAAGAAAUGAUCCAGAAACAGGAGGAAGAGUGGCAGCAUAGAUUUCGGGACCUGGAAGAAAAGAGAGAGAAAGAAAUUAGUUGA